UCGCUGUUAGGCAACGUGGCGGGGCCUCACGCCGACCCCCCACCACACGGAUGGAAUUAGAAUCCCUCCGCCCUCGUUAAGCCGCCGCUGUCGCUUCCGAUCCACGCCCUCCGCCCUCGUUAAGCCGCCGCUGUCGCUUCCGAUCCACUCCUUUCUCUGCUGCUCUUUCUUUCUCCCCCGUCUCUCUCUUCCCCUCUUAGCGAGAUUGUGGUUCUCGCCGACGCGGCCAGAGCGCCCGCCCCCAUUGCUUCCGCCGCACGCGGCCACUACCAUGAGCGGAUGCCCUAGGCGGCGCCACCUCUCGGAUCUCGUCGGCAGAUCCACCCCCGCCUCGCUCUCCGAUGGACGCUGUUUCUCGGCCCGCCGUUGUCAUCGACAACGGAACCGGGUACACAAAAAUGGGAUUUGCUGGCAAUGUUGAGCCAUGCUUCAUCAUCCCUACUGUAGUUGCGGUCAAUGAGUCUUUCUUAAACCCAUCAAGGAGUUCUAGUAAGGGAAAUUGGCUAGCACAGCACAGUGCAGGUGUAAUGGCUGAUCUUGAUUUUUUUAUUGGAGAGGAGGCUUUAUCACGGUCUCGCUCUAGCAGCACAUAUAAUCUUAGUUAUCCUAUACAUCAUGGUCAGGUAGAAAAUUGGGAUACAAUGGAACGAUUUUGGCAACAGUGUAUUUUUAAUUACUUGCGUUGUGAUCCUGAAGAUCAUUAUUUUCUAUUGACCGAGAGCCCACUGACUGCUCCUGAAAAUCGUGAAUACACAGGAGAAAUCAUGUUUGAGACAUUUAACGUCCCUGGGCUGUAUAUUGCAGUCCAGCCUGUCCUUGCCCUUGCUGCUGGAUAUACUACUUCCAAGUGUGAAAUGACAGGGGUUGUAGUUGAUGUGGGAGAUGGAGCUACACAUGUUGUACCAGUUGCAGAUGGUUAUGUGAUUGGGAGUAGCAUCAAAUCCAUUCCUAUUGCGGGCAAGGAUGUUACUCAAUUUAUUCAGCAGCUUUUGAAAGAAAGGGGAGAGCAUAUACCACCAGAAGACUCUUUUGAAGUAGCUCGGAAGGUGAAAGAAAUGUAUUGCUACACUUGUUCAGACAUAGUCAAGGAAUUCAAUAAGCAUGAUAAGGAGCCUUCUAAGUACAUCAAGCGUUGGACUGGUGUUAAACCAAAGACAGGAGCACCAUAUUCCUGUGAUAUAGGAUAUGAGCGCUUUCUUGGGCCUGAGCUUUUCUUCCAUCCUGAGAUAUACAGUAGUGAUUUUACCACUCCUUUACCUGCUGUAAUUGAUAAGUGCAUCCAGUCAUCCCCAAUAGACACAAGGAGGGCCUUGUAUAAGAAUAUAGUGUUAUCUGGAGGAUCAACCAUGUUCAAGGACUUCCAUAGAAGAUUGCAGCGAGAUGUAAAAAGGAUAGUGGAUACACGAAUUGUUGCAUCCGAUGCUCGAUUUGGUGGAGAUGUUAAGUCUCAGCCCAUUGAAGUUAAUGUAGUCAGCCAUCCUAUCCAGAGAUUCGCCGUUUGGUUUGGAGGUUCAGUACUUGCAUCCACACCUGAAUUUUAUGAGGCUUGCCAUACAAAAGCAGAGUAUGAAGAAUAUGGGGCAAGCAUAUGUCGAACAAAUCCGGUCUUCAGAGGAAUGUAUUGAAAUAGAAGAAGGUUCAUCUCUUCUCUGUGAAGCCACGGCAAACAACAUUACUCUCCUCCGAAGCUCCCAGGUGCAUCCCCAUCUGUACAGCUGAGAAGAGCAUGGACGGAGGGCCUUCAUAUUAGCUGUACAAUAUUAUACAUGUUGUAUCAGUAGAAAGCCUCAGGUUUAGUGCUGUCAAUUGAUUGUGUAUUGAUUUCACGGAAGUAUUUAUAUAUUUGAAAAUGAAGAUGAAGAUAAAGACAAGGGGAAGUUCCCACUUGUAUCCAGGUACAAUACUUUGAACUACUAGAUGUUGAGCAAGAACCCCGAGCUGGACGGCAUUUUUAGCGCACGGCAUGGCUAAUUCAACACCAUUUUUU